AUGGAGGAAAUGGACGACACGGAAACCGAAUCGCAGGUUUAUAUGGCUUGCAUUCAGCACGGUCGGCGUGUUGGAGUUUCUUACUACGACUGUAGUGUACGCCAGCUUCAUGUGCUUGAAGUCUGGGAGGAAGAUCUCUCAGAUUUUACAUUGAUCAAUAUGGUCAAAUAUCAAGCGAAGCCAUUGGUAAUUUACACGAGCACCAAAAGUGAAGAAUCUUUUGUAUCUGCUCUGCAACAGAGUGAUGGAUCUGACGAGAAUACCACAGUACGGCUGGUAAAGAGCUCAACAUUCAGCUACGAGCAAGCGUGGCAUAGACUGGUAUAUCUUCGAGUGACAGGAAUGGAUGAUGGGUUGAACAUAAAAGAAAGGAUUUCUUAUCUGAGUUCGAUGAUGGAUGUAAGCAGUGAAGUCCAAGUCCGUGUUAGUGGGGGUCUUCUAGCUAUAUUAGAAAGUGAACGAAUUGUGGAAACCCUGGAACAAAACGAAUCUGGGACUGCUUCAAUUGCAAUUGAUUCAGUCAUGGAGAUACCAUUGAACAAGUUUCUUAAACUUGAUGCGGCUGCUCACGAGGCAUUGCAGAUAUUUCAAACAGAUAAACAUCCAAGCCAUAUGGGCAUCGGCCGGGCAAAAGAAGGGUUCUCGGUGUUUGGGAUGAUGAAUAAGUGUACCACGCCAAUGGGUAGACGCCUUUUAAGAAGCUGGUUCAUGAGGCCAAUUUUAGAUCUUGAAGUGUUAGACCGCCGUCUCAAUGCUGUAUCCUUUUUCCUUCUUGAUCUCUUGCGGAAAGCCUUGCCUUAUGUCAACUGA